GUGUAUCCACUAUUUGCAGCGGUGGGAGUAGCUGUUGGGAUUUGUGGGUUUCAAUUGGUUCGCAACAUCUGCAUCAACCCUGAAGUCAGGGUGACCAAGGAGAACAGGGCAGCAGGAGUGCUGGAUAACUUUACAGAAGGGGAGAAAUAUGCAGAGCAUGCUCUUAGGAAGUUUGUUCGUAACAGGGCUCCAGAGAUCAUGCCAUCUAUCAAUGGCUUCUUCAGUGACCCAAAGUGAUGGCUGAAUUUAAACCUGAAAUUGAUUGAGACUGUUAUUGUUUGUUUUUGACAUUUGAAUGAGAUAGACUGGAAUGGCAGUUUUCCCCACUAGCUUGGAUUCAAAAUGGAUUCAGAUAUAAAAGAAAAUCUCAAAAUAAAUGUCGUUAACAAUCACAACUGCCUGUCUCUGAUGGCCACAUCUUUGCAUUUUCA